UUCACCCCAAAAUGGCGGAAACGCAGGGCUGCUGCUGGGCGCCGGUGUUUCAAUGGAACUUUCUAUUGAGUGUUGCUUCUUGUUAAUGUAUAUACUAGCGGACCGAAACGGACUGAUGGUGGCGUUGCGUGAUCAUGGCGAAUAAUGCCACAUUUUAUGAAUGUAUUUUUUAGCUCGUCACAUUUUAAAAACAAUUUUAAGUCUGAAAUUUACGUUUUUUUGUUUUUGUUUAUUUCUGUGGAAAAUGUAACUUUCGCAUGGUACAAGCCAAGACUAGUGUAUUUGAGCCAUGACAUGCCCCCUGCAGGCUAUAUAACCUAAACCAGCAAACUGACUUCAGCUGCCUUUCCAGUUUUGUAAAAAUCAUAGAAACAUCUUCUUCUAUGGUGCAACAGCUAUCGUUUUCUUGUUUAAGUAUACUGCCUCCCCCUGGGUGAGCACAAAAUGAGAACGAAUUUAGAGAUAUUGCACUAUUACACUUUCAGUAAACAGUGCCGUAACGUAUUAUCUGAUUGAUAGGCAAUAUCAGUAUUUUAUAUAUAAAUAUUUAUUUAACGUAAAUAAUAUCGUAAAAAGGCCUAUAACAUUUAGGUGAAAUCCUGGCAGAAAUGUCUGAUAAAGUCUUCUCGUUACUUUAACUGAGAUGCGUUUCCCAAAAGCAAAUAUGGUCGUAAGAUGGAACUUGCGACCAUUGGCUAUAACGAUGCUUUUUGGAAAUGCAUCACUGAAUAGGUCUACAGUAAACCAGCAGGUUUACGAGAAUCCGAAACAAUACCCGCAAUGCGGAAGUAGGAAGUAAAUAUUAAAACAUUUACACCUUCAAGACUAUCCACGAUGACAGCUCGAUCUUUGUGUAGUUCGCGUCUUUUCACUUUUGGUUUUAACGCAAUAAAUGAUUACUGAACUUCUGUGUAGUAACUUGGUAGUAGAUGUGCGGCGACUGAAGCGCUGAAGUGGGAACUGUCAUGCUGAAGGCUACUGGACUCUCUGGGCAGCAAAAGUUUCAACUGUAGUUCCGUCACUAAAGUUACUGUAAUGGCGAUUAAAAUGUAUCCUUACUGUUAGAAACUUUUAAGGGUCUUUGCGGUCCAUAGAAGCAUAUGCACCUGCUUCAGAAACGGUUAAUGCAUUUUACUAUUUGACGAACCGACAGUAAUACCUGGCAUGGAUGUUCUUCUGGCGGCAAUAGAGAUACUGACGAACACUUCUGGACAACAAGAGCAGUUGAAUAAGGUGAGUGAAGAGAAUCCAGAUCCAAGCCCACCUUCUUGUGGUCACCCCAGUGUGUUUGGCAUUUGUGUGGAGUUAAAAAAAGAUGCUGAUGUUUAAGGAUCAGGAAGCCUCUGACAUGUGUCCAGCCAACCAGGAUUCAUCCCUCCAUGAUUCAACAACCAUGCUCACAGAUAGGGAGGAGGCCGAAGUCCCAAAACAAGAAACUGGUAAAAGAAAAAGGAGUCGCUCAAGAAAGAGCAAAAAAACAGGAGGGCGCUCUAACAGAUCAAAUCACCAUUGCUUGAAAUGUGGACAAAAAUUCAAAACGUCAGUUCACUUUAAAAGACAUAAAUUAGUUCAUUCAGGAGAGAGGCCUCAUGGUUGCCCUGAAUGUGGCAAGAGGUUCAUCACAUCUUCUGAACUAAAAGUGCAUCUGCGUGUUCACUCAGGAGAAAAACCCUACCACUGUUCUGAAUGUGGCAAGAACUUUGCUCAGUCGGGGUCCUUUUCUAAUCACCGCAGACUUCAUAAAGGUGAAAAACGGUAUCACUGCCCUGAGUGUAACAAAGGUUUCCAGCAACUUAUAGAUCUACGAAUUCACCAAAGGAUUCAUACAGGAGAGAAGCCGUACCUGUGCUCACAUUGCUGGAAGGCCUUUACGACAUCCGGAGCAUUACGAGUUCACUUACGAACUCACACUGGUGAAAAACCUUACGAGUGCAAAGAGUGCGGGAAGACGUUUUGCCAGCUGGGUGGACUGAAAGUUCACAGGCGCGUUCAUUCAGGAGAGAGGCCUUACGCAUGCCCUGUAUGUGAGAAGCGCUUCAAAGGACACGCCAAUUUGAUCGCACACAAGCGCAUUCACACAGGAGAAAAGCCUUAUUCAUGCACUGUGUGCAGAAAAACAUUCACUGACAGCAGGAGACUAAAAGAGCACCAGCCACCUGAGUCAGAAAAGAAACCAUUUUGUUGCGGCAUCUGUAGUGAAGCUUUCAGUGCGUUAUGUCAACUUAAAGAGCACCAGCAAUGUCACAAAGGAGAGAAGCAUCAUCACUGUUCUGACUGUGGAAAGGCCUUUACGCAUUUAUAUUUACUGAGGAGUCACCAGCGUGCUCACUCAGAUGAGAAACCCUAUUCCUGCACUGAAUGUGGAAAGUGCUUCCGCCGGUCGUUUGAGCUAAAAAUGCACGUGAACACUCACAGCGAAGUGCGACCUCAUCCUUGCUCUGAGUGUGGAAAGAGCUUCCGCAGGGCUGCGGAGCUUAGGAUACAUCAGAGAGUACAUACGGGAGAAAAGCCUUAUUUCUGCUCCAUCUGCGGCACAGGCUUCAAACAGUCGUCACAAGUCAAAGUGCAUGAGCGUACUCACACGGGAGAAAGGCCAUUCCCCUGCCCAGAGUGUGGGAAGACCUUUAAAGACAAGAGAAGCCUGCAAACACACCAGAGAGUGAACCAUAAAUAAAGAAAACAUGUGAAGUGAGUGACGUGAUAUGUAGCAAAGCAUGGUGAUGAAAUUUCUGCUCUGAAAGUGUGCACACACACUGCAGUGAGUAUUGAACACACACCCGGAGUAGUGGGCAGAUGUUUUUGCUGCGGCAUCCGAUGGAGGGAUUGGGGGUUAGGUGCCUUGCUCAAGAGCACCUCAAUUGUGGGUAAUGAGAGUGGAAGAGAGCGCUGUUCAUUCACUCCCCCACCUACAUUUCCUGCUGGUACUGAGACUCGAGCCCGCAAGUCCAACUCUCUAACCAUUAGGCCACAACUGCCCAUAAAACUAUACAAGAACCCUAAACCUAACCAUUAGAACUCACAUCAUUAAACAUUAGAACCAUUAGAACAUAAGUCAUUCUAUUAAUAUAAAAAGAAACGUCCCUUUUUCAUAAUAAUUUUGUAAAAUCCAAAUCAGCUUUACAGAUAUUAUUGAAAAGAGUUUAAGCAAUAUUUUUCAUGCUUGUUCACUGAAUCAUAAACAAUUGUUGCACAUGCACCAAUGGAACAGUCUUUAAGACACUAACAGUUUACAUGCGGUAGACAAUUAAUGUCACAGUUACAAUAUCUUAGGACACUAAAGAGACCUUUCUACUGACUCUGAAAAACAACAGGAGAAAGAUGCCCAGGGUGCCUGAUCAUCUGGUGCCAUAGUCCUGCUGCAGGAGGCAUAAGGACUGCAGAUGUGAACAGAGCAAUAAACUGCAAUGUCUAUAAUGUAAGACACUUAAGAUAGUGCUACAGUGAGACAGGAAGGACAGCUGAUUGUCCUUGCAGUGCCAAACCAUGUGCAACAUAUGUCCCCACAGAUGUGUUCAAGAACUUGCAGAUGUCUUGAUGGAAGAGUGGAGUGGACUGAGCCACAUUUGCCAGUUCUUGCUAUAAGAUGUUACUCCACUCUGCAAGUCCAUUGCCAGUUCAGGGACUCAUUAUUCCACUUCUGAUCAUCAAAUGUGUGUGACUGUGACGUUUGUUCAGUUUAUGUCUCGGUUGUUGAAUCUUUUUAUAUUCAUACAAAUAUUUGCAUUAACAUGCAAAUUCAAAUUACUGAUGAUUUUAUUCUUGCUUAAACUGUCUACUCAAGGAUGUUUUCAGCAAAAAAAUGACUUUUCUUUGAAGAGAAUUUUCAGGGUUUCCAUACAGGUGGGACUAGCUUGUACUGUAUAUGAUAGCAUUGAAGUGUGCAUUUAAUAUACAUGAAUGAUUUUUAUUUAUCUGAUAUAUCAUUUAUUUUCUUAUCAUAUUGUAGUCAUUAAAUCAUGCUGAAAAACUAUUUUAGGUACAUUAUAAAGAUUUUUUUAAUUGUAUUAUAGAACAAUUGUUUGUCUUAAUCACAUACCUGUCUUAAUCACACAAAUAAAUUCUCUCGCCUUUUUAAAAGUCAUAGACUUGUUCGAUUAUUUCUUUAUUUCUCAGUGCCUUCAAAUACUCUCAGCCCCUUCAGUCCAGAAUGCAUGGUCUUGGAAAGAGAGAUGACUACAGAGACAAUCUUCUAUGUUCAAACUUCUUCAAAGUUUUAUUGUCCAAGCAUCAGCUUAUAUACUUCUUCAAUACACAAAAAUAGCAUGCAGUGUAAUAAUCAUUCAAUGAGAAUAAACACUACGUCAUAUAUAGAGAAAAUACAUAUAGUGAGAUUAUUAACUUUAGAAAAACAGAUGUUUUCUGACCAGGAUAUUCCCAGCUCUCUGUAUCCUGUCUUGUUUCCAAUACAGUAGCUCAUCCUGUAACCUUGAAAAUUCCUUUACAUAUACAAGCUGAGAAUCUAUUCUUAAAACACUUUCUUACCAAAGAGGCCUAUGAGGAAGUUCAUCUCAUGGAAGGGCAGUUAUUUAAUUACAUCACAUGACAAUCUUAGGCCUCAAAUGUCAAGGGAAAAAAAUAUGACAUAGAGCAGCAUUAUUUAUAACACUAAUAACUAGGGAUGGGUAUCGUUAAGGAUUUAACGGUAUUACUACUCUUACCGAUACUGCUUAUCGAUCCGGUACUUUA